AUGUACCCGCAGAUUUUGUCUUCUUUGGAUCAUACGAAGAUGGAGUUGGAGUAUUGCGUGAACGUUAGCAAUAAGUAUUCGCUUUUCUUGCAAGAUGAAGAUGAAGAUCCGUUAGAGUUAAUCGAGAAGACUCUAAAGUUGUCGGACAAAGACGGCGAUAAGGGAAAGAAGAAGGAUAGGAAAGGAGCUCCGUUGAAGUCAUCAUCCCAUAAUGCUGCUGCCGUUGGAGUAGGGGCCGUCGGUGGAAAAGUAAGUGCAGCCUCCGCCAGAAAAACGCCUUCGGAGGCCGUUGAAACGAAGGAAUUCAAGCGCGAAGAUAAAGAAAACAAAAUCUCGAAGUCCAGCGAUGCUUCCAGAAAUACUACUGUCAGGCGCCCUUUUCGCGCGCCAGAAAAGGAAGGCUUGGAGAAUCGUCGUCCUCCUCCAAGAGACCGUUUCCGGCCGGAGCGCGGAAACCUGCCUCCACGCCUCAGCGGUACACCGCGCAACGAUGAUGUUACUUCCCCGCCGAUAGAAGAUCGUAUGGUUGGGCGUUUUGGUGAUACGAACAGAGGCUUCAGUCGUGGCAGGGGACGAGGACGGGGUGAAAGAGGAUUUAGUUUUGGUCGUGGCCGCGGUGUAGGAGAUCGUUUCGCCAGUUCGGGUGAUCAGUUUUGGGCUGGUGGAGGGGGAAUGAACUCCUACUCGGAAAAUGACAGUGAAGACAAGUCAUUCAUCCCAACUUAUAAUACGUUUGGCAUCAACAGUGAAGAUAGUCCCGAUGUCCAAGAGGGUGGGGGCAUGAACUUAUCUUCCAGAAGCUUGCGUGGGGACUUCACAAGUCGAGGAAAUCGUGGUGGUCGAAGUCGCGGAGGUCGUGGUCGCGGCAUACCAUACAAAGGACGUCAGUUCGACCGUCAGAGUGGCAGCGAUCGCAGUGGUGUGAAACCGACGGACAAGCGCGAAGGUGGUGGUGCCUACAAUUGGGGGUUUCCGGGCGAUGAGUUCUACAACACUGCUGAAGUAAACACCAUCGCAGACGAAGGCAAUAUCGACAAAGAAGACGCGAACAAAAUUGAAGGACAGUAA